AUGGAGCACAUUAUCGGGGAACUGAGUAAACUGCCCAACCUUGUUGAUUUGGAUCUGUCUAACAAUGAUACCCUUGCUGGGUCUGAUCGGGCAUGGUCUCUUUUAAGGGAAAUUAAAACCCUCAACAAACUAGACCUGGGUUACUGCAGAUUGAGAAGUGAUGACGUGGAGCGCAUUGCCGUUGGGCUGAGUUAUCUACCCAACCUUGUUGAAUUGGAUCUGUCUAACAAUGAUACCCUUGCUGGGUGUGAUCGGGCAUGGUCUCACUUAAGGGAAAUUAAAACCCUCAACAAACUAGACCUGGGUUACUGCAGAUUGGGAAGUUAUGACGUGGAGCACAUUACCGUUGGGCUGAGUUAUCUGCUCAACCUUGUUAAACUGGAUCUGUCUCACAAUGAAACCCUUGCUGGGUCAGGUCGGGCAUGGUCUCACUUGAGGGAAAUCAAAACCCUCAACAAACUGAACCUGAGAUACUGCGGAUUGAAAAGUGAUGACUUGGAGCCCAUUGCUAUUGGGCUGAGUAAUCUUCCUAAACUUGUUGAUUUUGAUCUGUCUCACAAUGAGACACUUGCUGGAUCAUGUCGGGCAUGGUCUCACUUGAGGGAAAUCAAAACUCUCAACAAACUGAACCUGAGAUACUGCGAACUGGGAAGUGAUGACUUGGAGCCCAUUGCCGUUGGGCUGAGUAAUCUGUUCAACCUUGUUGAAUUGGAUCUGUCUGACAAUGAGACCCUUGCUGGAUCAGGUCGGUCAUGGUCUCACUUGAGUCAAAUCAAAACCCUCAACAAACUGAACCUGAGAUACUGCGAAUUGGGAAGUGAUGACUUGGAGCCCAUUGCUGUUGUGCUGAGUUAUCUGCCCAACCUUGUUCAAUUGGAUCUGUCUGACUGUGAGACACUUGCUGGAUCAUGUCGGGCAUGGAUUAACUUAAAGGAAAUUAAAACCCUUAACAAACUAAACCUGAGUAGCUGCGAAUUGAAAAGUGAUGACUUUGAGCACAUUGCCGAUGGGCUGAGUGAUAUGCCCAACUUUAUUGAAUUGGAUCUGUCUUGCAAUGAGACCCUUUUUGGGUCAUGGUCUCACUUGAGAAAACUCAAAACCCUCAACAAACUGGAUUUGAGUAACUGUGCAUUGGGAAGUGAUGACUUAAAGCCCAUUGCCGAUGGGCUGAGUUAUCUUCCCAAACUUGUUGAAUUAGAUCUGUCUGACAAUAAGGCCCUUGCUGGGUCUAAUCAGUCAUGGUCUCACUUAAGAGGCAUUAAAACCCUCAGCAAACUGAACCUGAGAGGCUGCAAAUUAAACUGUUUUGACUUGGAGUUCAUUGCGGUUUGGCUGCGUAUACUUCCCAACCUUGAUGAAUUGGACCUGUCUAGCAAUCAGACCCUUGCUUGGUCAGGUCAGGCAUGGUCUCACUUGAGGGAAAUCAAAACCCUCAACAAACUAGACCUGAAAAGAUGCGGAUUGACAAGUGGUGACUUGGAGCCCAUUGCCGUUUGGCUGAGUAAUCUGCCCAACCUUGUUGAAUUGGAUCUGUCUCACAAUGAGACCCUUGCUCUGUCAGGUUUGUCAUGGCAUCACUUGAUGAAAAUCCAAACCCUAAACAAACUGGACUUGAGAAGCUGCGGACUGAAAAGUGAUGACUUGGAGCACAUUGCCAAUGGGCUGAGGUUUCUGCCCAAUCUUGUUGAAUUGGAUCUGCAUGGCAAUGAGACCCUUGCUGUGUCUGGUCGGGCAUGGUCUCACUUGGGGAAAAUCGAAACCCUAAACAAACUGGACUUGAGAUGCUGCAGACUGCAAAGUGAUGACUUGGAGUACGUUGCCGUUGGGCUGAGUAAUCUGCCCAACCUUGUUGAAUUGGAUCUGUCUCACAAUGAGGCCCUUGCUGUGUCAGGUCGGUCAUGGUCUCACUUAAGGGGAAUCAAAACCCUCAACAAACUUAGCCUGGGUUACUGCGGAUUGCAAAGUGGUGACUUGGAGCCCUUUGCCAUUGGGCUGAGUGAUCUACCCAAACUUGUUGAAUUGGAUCUGUCUGGCAAUAGCACCCUUGCUGGGUCUGAUCGGUCAUGGUAUCACUUGAGGGAAAUCAAAACCCUAAACAAACUGGACUUGAGAUGCUGCAGACUGCAAAGUGAUGACUUGGAGUACAUUGCCGUUGGGCUGAGUAAUCUGUCCAACCUUGUUGAAUUGGAUAUGUCUUGCAAUGAGACCCUUGCUGGGUCUGGUUGGGCAUGGUCUCACUUGAGGGAAAUUAAAACCCUCAAAAAACUGAACCUGGGUUACUGCGGAUUGCAAAGUGGUGACUUGGAGCCCUUUGCCAUUGGGCUGAGUGAUCUACCCAAACUUGUUGAAUUGGAUCUGUCUGGCAAUCAGACCCUUGAUUGGUCAGGUCGGGCAUGGUCUCACUGGAGGGAAAUCAAAACCCUAAACAAACUGAACUUGAGAAGCUGCGGACUGAAAAAUGAUGACUUGGAGCACGUUGCCGUUGGGCUGAGUAAUCUGCCCAACCUUGUUGAAUUGGAUAUGUCUUGCAAUGAGACCCUUGCUGGGUCUGGUUGGGCAUGGUCUCACUUGAGGGAAAGUAAAACCCUCAACAAACUGAACCUCGGUUACUGCGGAUUGCAAAGUGGUGACUUGGAGCCCUUUGCCAAUGGGCUGAGUGAUCUACCCAAACUUGUUGAAUUGGAUCUGUCUGGCAAUAACACCCUUGCUGGGUCUGAUCGGUCAUGGUAUCACUUGAGGGAAAUCAAAACCCUAAACAAACUGGACUUGAGAAGCUGCGGACUGAAAAGUGAUGACUUGGAGCACAUUGCGGUUGGGCUGAGUAAUCUGCCAAACCUCGUUGAAUUGGAUCUGUCUUGCAAUGAGACCCUUGCUGGGUCUGGUUGGGCAUGGUCUCACUUGAGGAAAAUCAAAACCCUAAACAAACUGAACCUGGGUUACUGCGGAUUGCAAAGUGGUGACAUUGAGCCCUUUGCCAAUGGGCUGAGUGAUCUACCCAAACUUGUUGAAUUGGAUCUGUCUGGCAAUAGCACCCUUGCUGGGUCUGAUCGGUCAUGGUAUCACUUGAGGAAAAUCAAAACCCUAAACAAACUCGACUUGAGAAACUGCGGACUUAAAAGUGAUGACUUGGAGCACAUUGCCGGUGGGCUGAGUAAUCUGCCCAACCUUGAAUUGGAUCUGUCAUGCAAUGAGACCCUUGCUGGGUCUGGUUGGGCAUGGUCUCACUUGAGGGAAAUUAAAACCAUCAACAAACUGAACCUGGGUUUCUGCAAAUUGGGAAGUGAUGACUUGAAGCCCAUUGCCGUUGGGCUGAGUGAUCUACCCAAACUUGUUGAAUUGGAUCUGUCUGGCAAUAGUACCCUUGCUGGGUCUGGUUGGGCAUGGUCUCACUUGAGGGAAAAUAAAACCCUCAAAAAACUGAACCUUGGUUACUGCGGAUUGCAAAGUGGUGACUUGGAGCCCUUUGCCAUUGGGCUGAGUGAUCUACCCAAACUUGUUGAAUUGGAUCUGUCUGGCAAUCGGACCCUUGAUUGGUCAGGUCGGGCAUGGUCUCACUUGAGGGAAAUCAAAACCCUAAACAAACUGAACUUGAGAAGCUGCGGACUGAAAAGUGAUGACUUGGAGCACAUUGCCGUUGGGCUGAGUAAUCUGCCCAAACUUGUUGAAUUGGAUCUGUCUGGCAAUAGUACCCUUGCUGGGUCUGAUUGGGCAUGGUCUCACUUAAGGGACAUUAAAACUCUCAACAAACUGAACCUGGGUUGCUGCAAAUUGGAAAGUGAUGACUUGAAGCACAUUGCCGUUGGGCUGAGUGAUCUACCCAGACUUGUUGAAUUGGAUCUGUCUUGCAAUGAGACCCUUGCUGGAUCUGGUCGGUCAUGGUUUCACUUGGGGGAAAUUGAAUCCCUCAACAAGCUAUACCUGAGAAGCUGCAAAUUGGAAAGUGUUGACUUGGAGCACGUUGCCUUGCUGGGUCUGAUCGGUCAUGGUAUCACUUGA